CUCUGUGUAGUGGCGCUCAGUUCGGUGCUGUUUGUCUCUGAGUGGCUUUUGUCCUUCUGUGAAAGCUCCCUGUUCUCUGAAAUUCAUGCUGUCUCUUGGGUUCCACUUUGCAGACUGUUGAGCCUGGUUCAUGCAUGCCUGCUGGUUUUGAGUGGCAUCGACCCUCUUAAAUGAGUCUUCUUUUUGAAGUGUAAGGGUAAAAUCCUUCUCAAUAAUGUUUUAACUGCUUAGGGUGACAUUGACACAUAUAUUCUCCUUUUUGUAGUUGCCCAAGUCUAACUUUUUUUUUUUUGCUUUUGUAGCUGGAGCCCUAUAUGGAUGAAAACUUUGUUUCGAGAGCCUUUGCUACCAUGGGAGAGCUUGUACUGAGUGUAAAAAUCAUUCGAAACAGGUUGACAGGAAUUCCAGCAGGCUAUUGCUUUGUAGAAUUUGCAGAUCUAGCUACUGCAGAAAAAUGUUUACACAAAAUCAACGGAAAGCCUCUUCCUGGUGCUACACCGGCAAAGCGAUUUAAAUUGAAUUAUGCAACGUAUGGAAAACAGCCUGAUAACAGUCCAGAAUAUUCCCUUUUUGUGGGAGACCUGACUCCUGAUGUGGAUGAUGGCAUGUUAUAUGAAUUUUUUGUUAAAGUUUAUCCAUCAUGUAGAGGUGGAAAAGUUGUUUUGGACCAGGCAGGAGUAUCCAAAGGUUACGGGUUCGUGAAAUUCACGGAUGAACUGGAACAGAAACGAGCCCUGACGGAGUGUCAAGGAGCCGUGGGCUUGGGCGCCAAACCCGUGCGCUUGAGUGUGGCUAUACCGAAAGCUAAUCGUAUGAAACCAGUGGAGUACAAUCAGAUGUACAACUAUAAUUAUAACCAGUAUUACCAACAAUAUCACAAUUACUAUGCCCAGUGGGGCUAUGACCACAACACGGGCAGUUACAGCUACAGUUAUCCCCAGUACGGAUACACGCAGAGCACAAUGCAGACGUAUGAAGAAGUUGGUGAGGAUGCAUUGGAAGACCCGACGCCCCAGUUGGACAUCCACGAAGCAAACAAGCAGUUUAUGGAGCAGAGCGAAGAGCUCUACGACGCGCUCAUGGAGUGUCACUGGCAGUCCCUGGACAUUUGGCCCCUUCCACCCAGCCCUGCUCCUCGGAGCGCAGGAGGACCGGGGCGCUUCCUGGCCGCGACGGGUGUCGGAGGAGCAUCAUGGUAA